AUCAUAUUAGUGAAGAUUAUAAGAAAGCCUUAAAAUCUCAGGGCUAGUGCGUAGGCUAGUAUUGUUUGGAGGGAUUCAAGAGAAAUUGGUUAUCAAAGAAGUUAAAACAAACAGUUUGCUUACAGGCAGAAGAUGCCAGUGAUCAAUAUUGAGGACCUGACAGAAAAGGACAAAUUGAAGAUGGAAGUCGACCAGCUCAAGAAAGAAGUGACGCUGGAAAGAAUGCUGGUGUCCAAAUGUUGUGAGGAAUUCAGGGAUUAUGUUGAAGAACGAUCUGGGGAGGAUCCAUUAGUAAAGGGUAUCCCAGAGGACAAAAAUCCCUUCAAGGAGCUCAAAGGAGGCUGUGUGAUUUCAUAAGAAUUUUUUCUUUUUUUGAAUCCCAUGGAAUAUCUUGAGCUUUAAUGACGUACUAAUGUUUGGUCACAUGUAAUAAUAUGGUUAAGCAUAUACAUAAAAUUUAAAAUUAUAAACAUAAGUGGUUAAUAAAAUUUGGAAUGUCAUAA